AUGGAGUUAAACCUCACCGUCGGACAGGUUUCUGGUAUCAUCGCGGCAGGGGCAGUCGUUGCAAAAAUGAUCCUGCCAACUCUCUGCGCCUUCGUCUUUAUCGGAACCCUGCGCGAACGAAAUAAUGUAGCGACGACGACAGCCGUGGCAUGGUCGUCUGUCGGCCGACUGCUCCACUCUUCCUACUGGCCGACCAUACUGAGCAGCGACUCUGCGGUCUUCACAGGCGUUCCAUUUCGUGUCCUAUUCUUCCGGUAUGCCGCUAUGCUGUGCACGAUGCUUAUUUCAAUAGCAGCUAUUAUCACUCCGCUCGGUCUCUACGAAUCGAUCGUCCCUGGCGCUCAGACACCAGAGCAAUUCCACUAUCUGCCCGACAGCGGGAUAUUUGGGACAGGGACCAUGACAAGGAAUGAAAGCGUACCGUGGAGUCGAGCGUGCGGUAGCGAUGUCGAGCCCUUUACCUGUCCUGAUUUGACUCGGGGCAUAUCGUCGGAUAAUGAAACCAUGGAUAGGAGGAUACCAGAGGAGACCAUUAAUCUCUUCUCGAGCGGCCUUUCAGCGUCCAGUAUUUCUAUCUCAAGCAUAUUCGACAUCCAAUGGCGCCAGUGGACGUGGACACGGCUGUCAAGCCGCAACCGCAGCAAUUUCACCAUGCCGAUGCAUUCAUCGUAUUACGAACCGUAUCCUAUCGGGAUAUAUCGGCAGAUUUCGACGUUAGUCCUGGAGGAUGGCUACACACUGAUUGACGGGCUCGUCGUCGACACAACGCGUGGAGGCGUCGGUUUUCGAAAUCACAGUGCGCCUCCACUAACAACGUAUGGAAGCACCUGGAGCGAGGACUUGCUCUUCGUCCAACCUGUUUCGGCCUGCGUCGAUACCAACUUAACACUGGAUUACGCAAUAACAGACCACGAGUCGUAUAACCUAGGCACAACGAUGACUCCAAUAAACUUGACGGACCGAGGCGGCUUCUCGCGGCUCAACACCACGUACCCGACGUGGGAUCUUGCCGAUGUACAAAGCAACCCGCAGCUCUGGGAGCGCGCCUACCAGGCUGCGUGGUCAUCCAACGUUUUCGCACUAAGCAAACUCAAUAUCAGCAAUGUGACCCUGGGCACCGACCCUAGUCAACCUCUCCGCCUGCGCGACAGCAGUAUCGUACCUGGUGCCGGAAUGUUUCCAGUCCAGCCAAGGGGUCCCGGAGGGUGUUUUAUCGACACACAGAAUGCAGCGGCUAUCGUGCCCAAUGAUUUUGCAUGUUACGUGACCGGCUCCCAGGAGAUCCCAGAAGAUGGGACCUUUGAUGCUGCUCCGCGGAUGAUCACAAACCUGUGCGAAGGGGGCGACUAUGACGAGAGCCGCGGCACUCUGGGAAACAUCGGCGCAUACUGUACUCUCAUCCUAGGCGCAUCACAACGAUCCGAUGGCAGUGGUGAUGACGAAAACCACGACUGGCCCCUCCACACACCAAACACGGCUUGGUCGCUCCCAAUGUACUCAUGCGCAAUGGCCGUCGAGGCAAUCAUCAGAACCGUCACCUUUUCCUUCAACACAACUGACGACCUUACCGGCCUAACCGUUCUUAACAUCACAGACAAGACCUACGCCAGAGACGCCGAGCACCCACUAUGGGCUGUCGAGAAUCUAGGCGUGGACAUGGACCCGUUCUGGAUGCGUCCACUGUGGGGUCUCGUCUCGCAUGAAGCCGCAGCGAAUUAUUCCACCGAGCAGCUCAAAACGGUUCAGAAACCAUCUCUCCUUCUGCCCAGGACUAGCAUGUUCCCGCGCGGCACCGGCGUUAUGACCGAGGACUCGCAGAACCUCCCGGGAGUCCAGUUUCCCGACUCCGGGAUGAAUGCUGUGAGUGGCAUGGCCUACGGGUCCAUUGGACUGAUGGAUUACACGGGCGAGGGCAAUCUUGCGCUCUCGCGCCGGUGGAAUACGCUGUCCCGGUCGCCCGAGUCGAUGGCAAGAGUGAUGAAUCUGGUGUGGACGGAUUAUGCCGCUAACGCUGUUGUUGGGACGAAAGGGAGUCCCCGCGAGCCUCAGGCCAGCAGCAGCAGCACCAUCCUCCGCCGCGUCACGACCUAUCGAACCGCCAUACGGUACCAACUAGCCUAUGCAAUCCCCGCCGUCAUCAUGCUUGCAAUCCUCGCACUCACCUCGUUUCUAGCCCUAACUGCCUUCCUACUCGGUCGCGCAACGCUCGGCAAAAUGAAGCGAUACCUCAAUGCAACUUCAGCAGGACGGAUCAUGGUUUCUGUGCUUCACCGUCCGACUGUUACCGCGAGGGGUGUCGACAAUGACACUCCGACUGAUGAGUGGGUUCACGUGGAGGGGACGGUUGAAGUUACCACGGGGAAGAUGCUACCCGUGCCUGUGCUGGCACCUGGGCUGGGGAGUGCGGAGAGGAGUACUCUUUUAAAGGGACCAGUUGUGGGUCAGGAGCCGUUGUAG